UCUGUCUUACACAAACAGCUGCAUUCUUUCCUAACUACAGAAGAUUCUUUUGUUGAUAAAUUGCUCACUCCAGAUCUGAAAUCGUUUGCUAUGAACAAAUCGUAUAUUUAACUGAAUGACACAGAUAUUUAAUCCUCUAUUCGAAAUGCACGUGCGGCGAGAUGCGACUUUUUGCCAGAGUUGCGUGUUUCUUAUUUUUGGCGUUAAUUGGCCAUAGUGUUGCUCGGAAACAGAAGGAGAAAACCUGCCGCUUACUUCCGUCGGGAAAGUCUUGCAGAGCAGUGUAUUAUUCAGACUGUACAACCGAGUUUCUUCAAAGCCAAUACCCUGUCCUCUACUCCAACUCCCAAAACAUCACCAUAGCAACACCAAACGUUACAUCAGAAACCACAGAUAUAAAAGACAGAUAUGGAUUGUUUACCUCAGUAAAUGUCACUAUUCACCCUGGAAAUGAAUUAGAGACGGAGAUCCAAGGAUUUGAGGCACGGCUGACGUCAAUUGAGGGAUCAAGGUGUGUGAUUGUGACUUCAUUUGGGAAUGGAACAUUUUCCGAGGCAGAGAGAAAUAGUGGGUUUAGUUUUCGCCUUGUACUAUCCAAGAGCGUUAACUUCUCCGUCUGGUCCUUACCCAAGUCACCGGCCUCACUCCCGGCAGAGAGCUUUAUCCUGGCAGGAGAAACAAUCGACUACCCGCCUGAGAACUCCUCCCUGUGGUAUACAAAGAUAUGGUUUGUUAACAACUCACGUGACCGGAUCGUCGAGGUCCAGUUCCAACCGGCUCCAGCCGCCUACGGAAUCCGGUACUACAACAUCCAGCUCCGUCAGAUCAAGUACAGCGGGUUCGAGGGGAUGACCAGCCGCUUAACGACUCACGCCAAAAUGGAGUUCGCCAUGUCCUCCUCGAUAUAUGUCAAAUUUAGAGAAGUUGAGCCAGGAAUGUACAGAAUCAAGGUUGAACCGUAUGAUGAUUUAAAAGGUGACCAUGACAGAUGUCGCUGUAAGAGGUUCGGUGCGUGCAAAGCUUGCAACUGCACGGAAACACCGACUUUCAUCAUUGAAGACACCCGGCCAGUGGUUACGACAUCAAAAGAAUAUACAACGGGCGAGAUUUCAACGUCAAUAAAUACUCACGACAUCGCCACCCUUACACACAAACAAACCAAGCAAUGGAAGGGACUAAAAAUGCAACUCCAAAACGAUGACAUCACAUGGGCCAUGGUAUCCACCGGAAGUGAAGAAAAAACUCCCGCCCUGCACUCCGACUUACCUGAAGUGUCUGAUAACAACAGCCAGACGGGUCAAAACUUCGAGGAGGCAGUCGGCGAUGAAGGCGAGAACGAGGACGCCGGAAGUAGUUGGAAAGUUCCGGUCAGUGUGUUCUCCGUCCUGACGGUGGCGCUGGGUGCCAUCGUGUCCGUGUUCGCUGUGGUCAAUUACAAACGACAAGGGAAAAGCUGCAGAACCAUUAAUCUUUACAACAACAAUUAUAAAGGUUCCGGUCCCGGUAUAGUGAUUAUCCAUGACCCAAAGCACAAUGCGCAUGCGCAACAAUUGCUUACAUCCAUCAACAAAGACAUACCAGAGGUCAUCGUGGAAACCAAAAUGUUCAACGACAAAUGUCUCUGGAAGAAACUCGCCUCGGACUCCACAUUCUUCGUUUUGUGGAUGACGCCGAAAUCGUUUACCCAGUUUGAGCGACGACUGCUGAAGGAUCGGCGAAUACCAUCCUCGGUGCUCUCUCAGAUUCAAAAGCGAUUCGUCGUGAUAGAGUCGGAAAAUGAGGAGUGUAGAAUUCAGCCAAGGAUCCAGUACUGGACCAAGUAUGUGUUGAACAAAGAACUAGACAUUUUUCUAAACUUUCUCCGAAGUAACGUUUUACAAGAAUCGCGCGACGCUUGGCUUCCCUUCAAGCAGACGACAGCAGAUACCACAGAAUCACAUCAAGCGUUGCUGAGACACUACAGUCGAAUGGACUCAGGUAUCCAUAGCGAUUUUGAAAACGAGGCUGAUUUCACUCCGUGCGAAAACGACGUAGAAAAGGCUAGCAUAGCUGCGGUUACAAUAGCAGAAUGCCACAUGGACGCACCGAUUACGCAUCAAAACAAACCGACCGCAUUAUCUUUCCCUUCGCAUCAACUCGCCAAAAAGACUAUCGCUGAACUCGAGAUAUUACCGGAAGAGCAACGAGAGCUCUCGCGCGUGGACACUAAAGAUCGGUUUAUGCCACCGGAAGCGUUUUCGUGCUAUGACGUAGAAGGAAGUAUUUUGUCGGAAGCCAUCAUGUUCCUCAAUGAACGAAACGCUCCACCAAUGGCAGCGAGUUUGAAAUUUCCCGAGGACUCCCUUUCACUGACAAACGACGAUUUCUUGAUGUUUCGCGCCUCGGUCGAUCGGCGUAGCGAUACACCUGUUUGUUAUCAGAAUUUGAUCGGAUAUGAGGAGGAAAUUGAGGAAGACCCGUAUGAAGACCAGAGCCCGGAUGCUGAAUAUCCACCACUUCCGGUUGGGGACGCGGACAGUGUUGGCGGACUAAGCUGCUAGAAAUCGAUGUAUCUGCUGUUCUACCUCAAAGAUUGAGAUAUGAGAUAUUGAAAUAUGAAAUAUUGAGAUAUGAUUUUAAGAAUGGAUUUCUAUGUUUUUUUAAUUUUACGUACAACGAUUUUCUCUGUUAUUCAUCUCAAAGCUGUAAAAUCAUAUUAUAAUAUCAUUAGGCUUGUAUCUGCCCUCGUUAAUGAAAGUGCUUAAAACAUUUUGAAGACAUUGUAAUAUUCAAUGGAGACUUUAUCAUGUUUAAAGCGUAUGUCGCCAUUCGUCGACCAACUGUAUCAGAAAAGCACAAAAAAGUUUUUUAAAAUGAAAACAAUCAACCAAUGAAACAAAAAACAAAAAAUGACAUCCGUAAUUUGGUCUACAUUACACAUUCAACAAAAACUGUCUGAAAAUUACAGCAACGUCCUGUAUUUGUAAAUAUCCUCGGUAACCCACUCGGUAACCCCAGGAAGAAGGACGAGGAUCUUCAAGGCCCAUAGAAUGUCCUGUUACUUUGAAAAAAAAUACGAAAUUUGGUCACCAAAUUAACGCACUUUGAAAAAAAAAUUCAAAGUGCGUAAUUUUUUCAAAAUGCAUUUCAGGCCAAUAGAAUGCACACGGAACGAAGAGAGUGUGCAGAAGGGGGAGGGGCGUUUUUUCAUUCGGAAAUUUGUCCCUUCCUCUGUCAUUGUCUCUCUCACACUCUAUCGUUGAUAAAUAUUUCACAAGCUUUUCCCAAUCAACAAUAUUCAUGAAUGAAUUAAUGUUUUCUUCUUCUCUAAACUUUCCCCUUUUUUCUGCCGCGUUAUCUUCUAUAUACAUGUUGACCUCAAUUAUCAAAGUCGUCACUUUGCAGGGGCCAAAGUUUUUGAGUCACAAUAAAAGGCUUAUAUAAGAUUUUACAUAUCACAAGUAUAUUCACACUGCCAAAAACCCACAACCCCUCCCCCGAACGUAUGCAUUAUAAGUGGAAUGGAGAUAGUCCUGCAUGUACUUGUAUCCUGUAAUGGUGGAGGGGGGGGGCAUCUUGAGUAGAAUAAAAAGUUCCUUGGUGCAGGUACAUGUAUUAAAUAGACUUGAAAUCUUCCAUUUCUAUCUAUACACAAGAAGAUGAAAAAACCACCACCCCACCCCCACCCACCCCUUAUCAAUUACGAAUAAUUUUAUUGUAUUCGAGCAUACUCAUUUUGUAAAAUUUAUUUUUUUUAAUCAUGUGUAAUACUGAUGCGAAUUUGAAAUUUUAAAAACACAUCAUCAUAGUUAUUUUUUUAUUAAUGAAAAUAGAGUAACUGUAUUUUUUCUAAACUGUUUUCAAAGAAAUUUUUCAUAUCAUAACUUUAUUUUUGUUUUAAAUUAACUCAAUAAUGUUUUUUUCUUUAUUUCUUUUUAUUUAAUUAACUUGCAAAAGGAGGGCAGCUAUUCUUAUAUAUGUUAAUAUAUUUAUAGCUACAAUUUACUUUCAUUGAUAUUAUAUGAGUGUAUGCACAAAGCUGCAAGUUAUAAUAUAUAAAAAAGAAAGAUAACAAUUUGUGCUUCUAAUUUUAAAAUCUGAAAUUUGUUAUACGUAAAUAUAAAUUGUUUAUGUUAUCUUUGUGCAAAUUUGACCUUGUUCUAAAUUGUUUUGUUUAUCUUGAAAAUAAAUACAUUUUGUUCAA